AUGGAUGCAAUCAACAAAAAUGUUGACCCAUGUGAUAACUUUUACGACUAUGCAUGUGGUUCCUGGGAGAGGCUUAACACAAUACCUGCUGACCGACUCAGUUACAGUACAUUUGAGAAAUUACGAGACCAGUUACUGGAGCGACUCAAAGAUUUACUGGAGACAGAAAUUAAGCCAGAUGAAAACAGUGCAAUCAAAAAAGCCAAAUACAUGUAUUCAGCCUGUAUCAACACAAGUCUCAUUGAGGAACAAGGUUUAGAACCUGUGAAGGAGUUUAUGGAAUUUCUUGGAGGCUGGCCAGUUACUCAAAUGAAUUGGGACUCCAGUACAUUUAAUUUGUAUGAACUGAUGUCAAAAUUGAGAAUUCUUAAUAAUCACAUAUUUGUAUAUAUGUGGGUAGCAACUGAUGAAAGGGAUUCAGCCACAAACAUCAUACAGAUAGAUCAAGGUGAUCUUGGCAUGCCGACCACUGAUCAUUAUAUAUUGAAGCAAAAUGCCAAUAAACUUAAUUUCUAUAAAGAAUUUGCCAUGAAAGUAGCCAUCACUCUGGGUGCAAACAAGACUGUUGCUGAACAAGAUAUGUCUGAUGUCAUCAACUUGGAGGUUCAAAUAGCCAAUAUAUCAGUUCCUCGUGAAGCACGAAGAGACAUUGAAAAAGUAUACAAGAAGAUGACGCUUGGUGAACUUAUGCAGAAAAUACCUGAUUUUGAUUGGAAUGAAUAUUUUUCAAAAACCUUUGCUUCUGUAAACAUCACUCUAACCAUGGAUGAGCCAAUAGGAAUUCAUGCUUUGGAUUACAUGGUAAAUUUGGUGAAGAUUCUCAGCAAUGCACCAAAAAGACUUUUGGCAAAUUACCUUGUUUGGAGAAUCAUGAUGAACAGAGUGAAUAAUCUACCUGAAAAGUACAAAGCAAUGAUGGAAGAAUAUCAAAAGAAAGUUUUUGGCAAACAAGCUGAUACUCCUCGGUGGCGGGACUGUAUAAUGUUUACUAAAGAAAAUAUGGGAAAUGCUGUUGGUCGUCUUUUCAUUGAAAAAUAUUUUGACGAAGAAGCAAAAGAAAAUGCCAAUGAGAUGAUCCAUAAUAUUAGAAAUGCUUUUAAUGAAUUGCUCAGAGAAGUGGAAUGGAUGGAUCAAAAGACAUUGAUUGUUGCUGAAGAAAAGGCUAAUGCUAUCGUCGAAAGGAUUGGUUACCCAGCAUAUAUACUUAAUGAAACAAUUUUAGCAAACAUGUGGUUGACUCCUCCAGUAAUUGUGAAUGCAUUUUAUAGCACUCCCAAGAAUCAAAUUUUUUUUCCAGCGGGAAUUCUCCAACCCCCAUUUUACAGUAAGGGUUAUCCAAAGUCAUUAAAUUAUGGUGGAAUAGGAAUGGUGAUUGGUCAUGAAAUAACACAUGGCUUUGAUGACAAAGGUCGCCAAUAUGAUAAGGAUGGUGAUUUGAAGCAAUGGUGGGAUGACGAUGUCAUUCAGAGGUUUAAGAACCAAACUCAGUGCAUUGUUGACCAAUACAGUAACUAUAUCAUUCCUGAAGCUGAAAUGAAUCUAAAUGGUAUUCUCACUCAAGGGGAAAACAUUGCCGACAAUGGUGGUCUGAAGCAGGCAUAUCGUGCCUACAAGAAGUGGGAAGCCAAGCAAAAUCGGAAAGAAAGAAGCCUUCCAGGACUUUCCCAAUUCACUCAUGACCAGUUGUUUUUCCUCAAUUUUGCACAAGUGUGGUGUGGCUCCAUGCGUCGCGAAGCAGCCAUCAACAGGAUCCAGACAACAACGCACAGUCCAGGCAGGUUCAGAUUUAUCUAUAUAAACCAGCGUAGUCAUGCUGAAGAGAAGGCAGACGGUCGAGCGAGACGGAAGAGGCCAGACGGGAGAGACCGCAAUCGGUCGGCACAUUGCCGUCACGUGCGUGGGCACCCGCCGACGACCAUUACGGGUUGCGGCGCUACAAAGCAGCCGGGAGAAGUCGUCGAGAGAGAAUUCUCGAGUAGACGGUCGAGCGAGACGGAAGAGAGAGUCGGAGAACGAGACCGUCGUCGAGAGAGUCACGAGAGAUUUGCGGGAGAAUUAGAGAAGGAAGACUGUCCCCUGUUCUGA